GUCAGUCACAGGUGUUUGCAAUAGUUGAUAAAAGAUACUGUUAAUAUUAAGGAGAGUUGAGUUGAGAUUCCCUUUCAAGAAAACAAACAUGGCAUCCCAUAACCAAAGUUAUGAAGCUGGUGAAACCAAGGGCCGAACUGAGGAAAAGACGAACCAGAUGAUGGGCAAUAUUGGGGACAAGGCCCAAGCUGCAAGGGACAAGGCCCAGGAAAUGGCCCAAGCUGCGAAGGACAAGACCCAGCAAACAGCCCAAGCUGCAAAGGAUAAGACCCAACAAACAGCCCAAUCGGCGAAGGACAAGACUUGCGACACUUCCCAAGCUGCCAAGGAGAAGGCCCAAGAGAACAGAGGUGCUGCUAAAGAGAAGGCUUCGGGGAUGGGCCAGGCCACGAAGGAAUCAGCCCAGUCGGGGAAGGACAACACCCAAGGGUUCCUUCAGCAGACAGGGGAGAAGGUGAUGGGUGCGGCCCAAGGUGCUACAGAGGCUGUGAAGGAAACCCUGGGCUUGGGCCAGCAUGAUCAAGACAAUCGCAGAAAUCACUAGCUAGCUACUUUUAAAUAAGCUGCUAUUCCCUCCUACCUAAGGAGUACUAUUAUCUGCACUUUCUAUUUCAUAGUUUCAUGUAUGUUUUAUGAUAUCCAUUUCCCUUUGUUAAUGUCAACUAUGUUAUAAUAAUGCCAUAGCCUUGGUUUGUUUC